AUGGAGACCUCUCCAGUUCCAGCAGGCGAUGAGCUAGAUAUCGACCAACGCCUAGAGGAAGCAAUCGAUGCCCGUCGGAACGGAGCGCAUUCCAAGGCGAAAUUACUCCAGGCACGUUUGAAGGCCCAGGAAUCGGUGAGAGGCGAUACCGGUUCCAUUCCGGAUUCGUCUGCAACGGCAUCUUCCCCUCCUGGAAACCAGUCGUUGCCAUCUUCACCGCACCCUGCAGUGCAGAUAGAUCCUGCCCAGGACGUAAACGGGCUAGAGCCAUCUGAGGAAUGGAACGAUAUCCCAGACGAUGAUGACGACGAGGAGGCGUCCAAGUUCCUGGAAACGGAAAAGUGGUACCGUGGGUUAAAGAGACCGACUGUGCACGACGAUCUACGAUACAGACACGCCGAACGAACCGAAAUCGUCCGGAAAUCAGCCCUGGAAAGCCGCAAGGCCCGUGACCGGCUGGACGCCCAGUGUGACGACAACGAGAUCUUCGUCAGCAACCAUGAAGAGUGCGAGGCACCGUGCGAACGGGUGGUGCAACCGCCGCCGAAGAAACGGAAGCAGCCCAACCGGAUCUCCGCCCAGGACAAGCGAGAGAGUAUCAAUAAGGGUCUGGAUGCCGCGAUCCAGAAGAAGAACGCCGCGGCGAAGAAGGGCCCCCCGCGGAAGAGCAGCUCCAAGAGCGGCGGCGGCGGCGGCGGCGCAGGCGCAAGCGCAAAGCUGAAUCCCCAGCAUAACCAGCUCAGUCUGGAGAGUUUCUUCCGACAUGAUAUCAUUGCCAACGCGCAGCUGAACGCGAUGAUGCCCGCGAUUCCUGUCUCGGCUCACAAGGACAAGCAAAAGGCCCUCACCGAGCUGUUGGCAAGUAUCCCCACGGCGGACCAGAACGAGAGCCGUUCCGACAAGGCGGCCAUCCUGGAGGCGACGCGGAAGUUGGCCUCCAAGGCUAGAGGGGAUGGGAAGGGCCGGUGGAAUAUUAAGGGCAUCAAAUCGCCGUUAUUCCACCAUCAGCUGCUUGGAAGAGACCGUGAACGAUCCCCUGAAAAGCCCUUUGGAGGGUUUCUUUGUGAUACGAUGGGGUAUGGCAAGACUCUGCAAGUCCUGGUCAAUGUCAUAGAUGGCAAGCCAACCGAUGACUCUGAUCCGUUGAAAACGACCUUGAUUGUCGUGCCCUCGCACCUGAUCACGCACUGGCGAAACCAGAUCCAAAGGCACUGCCAGGAACAAGCCGUCGGACGUGUGCUGGUAUAUCACUCACAGGCGCGAUUCCUGUCUCUGAAUAUCUUGCAAGACAUGCAGUCUUAUAGCAUUAUUCUCACGACUUACGAAGAGAUCAGACGCUCGUAUCCGAGUUUCGACCCGCCCGAGGAGCUGACAGACGAGCAGGAGAUGCAGAAAUGGUAUGCAGGCGUUUACCAGGAGAAAGCAGGGCCUCUGCACCGGAUCAACUUUCGCCGAAUCGUUCUAGACGAGGCGCAUAUGAUCAAGAAUCCACAGUCAAAGGUCUCCAUUGCCGUCCGGGCCUUGACGGGCCAUUUCAAAUGGGUCGUGACUGGGACGCCGUUGCACAACGGCCCUGAAGAGUUCUAUCCGUACUUUGACUUUCUCAAGGUGCCGCAUACGGGGCGUUAUGAAACGUUCAUCAACAACUACAUCGAUGGAGGAGAAGAUGGCCAGCUCCGUCUGACCAACAUCCUGCGAGGGACGAUGUUUCGUCGUACCCAUGCCAGCCGUCUCUUUGGACGACCAAUCCUGCAGCUACCGGGCAUCAGCCAACGGACCGAAGCAGUCGAGCUAUGCGCCGCAGAACGGAUCAUCUACGAUGGGAUUAUCGAUUUGUUCACCAAAUACAUCAACGGCUUCGGCAUGUCAGAAGACAGCACGAACCAGUUCCAAUGCAUACUCACAAUGCUGCUGAGACUUCGCAUGGUAUCAUGCCACGUGCUCACCGUGCAGAAUAUACUGCAAAAAGUGCUGGACAACGAGUUCAUGACCAAGUUGCGCGCAGGAACUGCCGGCAAACCCGACGACGACCCUUCUACCCAGAUCGUUCGACUACUAAGCCUGACGCGCUCUAUCAACGGUCCACCCGACAAUAGCCCAGAGACACUCGGGAUCCUGGAUCUAGAGGAUCUAGAGGAAGACUCCGAAGCCGGGAACCCGGUAGAUACUCUCUCCUUGGUCGGCUCUCAGAUGCCGAGUGCGAAACUCUCUCGCGUCCGCGAGAUCAUCGCAGGGUGGAUUUCCGAAACCCAGGAUGUCAAGAUUGUUGUUUUCUCGCAGUUCAUCGGCUUUCUCAGACUGGUGGGACUUAUGUGUCGCCGAGAGGGAUGGGGGUUUGGUUGUUUUCACGGCAAAAUGUCAUUUGCAGCCCGAGAGGAAGCCCUGGUGGCGUUUCGAGAGAAACCCGAGAUCAAAGUGUUUGUGACCUCGUUGAAAGCCGGUGGAACGGGCCUGGAUAUGUCCAUGGCGAACAAAUGCAUCAUGGCGGAUCUUUGGUGGAAUGAGGCUAUCCAGGACCAGGCCUUCUGCCGUCUGUUUCGCAUCGGACAAGUCCGGGACGUGGAGUUCGUCAAGCUGAUCGCUGCGGAAACAAUCGAUCAAUACAUGCUUACCCUGCAGACGAGUAAAUCAGCGGCAAUCGAGAACACAAUGGGCAACGACGCGUUGCGCGAGCGGAGCACGGUCUUCGAUCUCGUGCGGAUGUUCGCUACGGUGCGAGAAUCAGAGAGCGGGACAUUCACCAUCGUGCCGGACUCGGCGAGCCCGACGUUCACUGUCCCGCAGGGGAGGAGUAUCUCUACUGGGAAUGAGGAUGGUGAGAAUGAGGAAGAUGAUCAUGAACAGACGAACUUUCCUGCAACCCGUCAUCCUACCCCUACACCUGAAGGUCUUUCAGUUGAAGAACAAAUUUUCCGGUUCCUACCUGCUGCUACUUAGGGAUCAAGGAAUGCGUUGGCAGGGUCUUUAGAUAUUUAAUUUAAUCU